CUUUGAUAUAUACAUUAAAAUGAUAGCAAAUUUUGUCAUCAAUGUUAUGUUUUUGUUCUUCUUCUAUGGAUCCCAUGGGGCCAAAUUUAUAAUAAAGAAUAAUUGUCCUUAUACUAUUUGGCCAGCUACACUUACAAGCAAAGGAGCACAAUUGUCAACUGGAUUUGAAUUAGCAUCACAAGCUUCAUCAUCACUUGAUGUACAAAAUUCAUGGUCAGGACGAAUAUGGGCAAGAUAUCAUUGCUCAAAAAAUGGGAAAAAUUUCACUUGUCUUAGUGGAGAUUGUGAUUCUGGAGAAGUAGCUUGCAAUGGUAAGGGUCCAAUUCCACCUGAAACCCUUUUAGAAUUCACAAUAGUAGGAUAUGAGGGAAAAGACUUUUAUGAUAUAAGCUUAGUAGAUGGUUUUAAUCUACCAGUCUCUAUUAAACCUCUAAAUAGAGGUGAUUGCAACACAACAAGUUGUCCUAUAGAUAUCAAUAAACAAGGAUGCCCAAAUGACUUAGCAGUAAGAAAUCCAGUAGGUGGUAGUAUCAUUGGGUGCAAAAGUGCUUGUGUAGCAUAUCAACAACCACAAUAUUGUUGUACUGGUUCCUAUGGUUCUCCACAAACUUGCAAACCAACUAGAUACUCAAGACAAUUCAAACAUUUCUGUCCUCUAGCGUAUACCUAUGCUUAUGAUGAUCAAAAUAGCACAUUUACAUGUAUUAAAGUUGACUACAUGAUUACUUUUUGUCCAUGAGAAGUUCAUUCUUUCUAUGAAUAAACAACAAUAUAUUUUUGUG